CCGAGUCAAGUCGGCAUUAGGCUCAACGAGUCCCUUGUAUCUUGCUUUCCCCUCCUAUCGCUGCUCAGCGCUUGCGGUGGCGGGAGCCGUGUGAACAGAACCUGCUUUGGGCUUGCACCGCCCGACUUAGACGUCCAAGGUCCAAACUACGCGUGUUCAGCGUUCCAAGGAGCACGCAAAAAGAGCAACGACGUCGACAAGAUGGUCUCCACUGCCGAUCUCAUCAUCCUCGGCCUCGGAGGGGUGCUCGCCGUGCUCUUUCUCUUCAAGGACUACAUCUUCUCGUCGAAGAGUAGCACAGGGAGCAAGCUCAGUGGUGGCGGCGGGCUGAACGGCAGCGCUGCAAAGGGUAAUGACGAUGCUGGUAGUGAUUUUAUCGCAAAGCUAGCUGCUCAGAACAAACGGAUUGCUAUCUUCUACGGAUCCCAGACAGGUACUGCUGAGGAGUACGCGACAAAGAUCGCCAAGGAAGCCAAGGCGCGCUUUGGCACCUCGUCCCUUGUGCUCGACCUGGAGGAUUACGAGUUCGACAAGCUCGACACUCUCCCCGAAGACUGCCUCACUAUCUUCGUCAUUGCGACCUAUGGCGAGGGCGAGCCCACAGAUAACGCUGUCAGGUUCUUUGAAUACAUCAAGGACGAAAGUGUACAGUUUUCCAAUGGCGACCGCCUCGAUAACCUCAAGUAUGUCGUCUUUGGUCUCGGGAACCGCACCUACGAGCAUUUCAACGCCGCCGCGCGUCAGCUCGACGAACGUCUAUCCCAACUCGGCGCAAAGCGCAUCGGCGAGCGCGGAGAAGGCGACGACGAUAAGAGCAUGGAGGAGGACUAUCUGUCGUGGAAAGAUGGCAUGUUUAACGCGCUCAUCACGGAGAUGGGCUUUGAGGAAGGUGGCGGCGGAGACAUCGCUGACUUCGUCGUCAACGAGGUUGAAGACUUUCAGGAGGGCCGAGUUUACAAGGGAGAGCUCUCGUCGCGUGCGCUGCUCGGCACCAAGGGCAUCCACGAUGCCAAGAAUCCAUAUGCAGCGCCCAUUUCAGUCGCCAAGGAGCUCUUUGUCGAAGGUAAAGCCGACCGCUCCUGCGUGCAUAUGGAGUUCGACAUCGACGGCUCUGGUAUUUCGUACCAACACGGCGACCACCUGGCAGUCUGGGCCUCUAACCCGGAGCUCGAAGUUGACCGCCUGCUCGCCAUCCUGGGCCUGCUCCAGAAGCGCGACACUGUCAUCGAUGUCGACUCGCUCGAUCCAACCCUCGCGAAAGUCCCCUUCCCGACACCAACGACGUACGAAACCGUUUUCCGCCACUACCUUGACAUCAGCGCUAAGGCCGGUCGCCAGACGCUGAACGCCUUUCUCACGUUUGCACCUAGUGAGCGCGCCCGCGGCGAGCUCGAGAAGCUCACAACGGACAAAGCAUACUUCCAGGCGACUGUCUCGGAUCGUUGCCUCAAGCUCGGACAGGCGCUCCAGCUGGCCGUAGGCGACGACCUGCAGGGUGACGUCGCGCAGAGCACCGUCUGGGAGGUGCCAUUCGACCGCGUCAUCUCUGCCAUCCCGCGCCUUGGUCCGCGAUUCUACUCGAUCAGCAGCAGUCCCAAGAUGCACCCCAAGACUGUCCAUAUCACCUCCGUCGUCCUGCGUUAUAAGGCUGGCCAGCAGAGCGCGUCCUGGGUGCAUGGCCUCGCGACCAACAUGAUCAGCUCGCUCAAGAUGGCCAUCAACGAUGAGACCGCCAAGGGCGAAAGCGACCCGCGCUGGGGGACACCGAAGUACAGUCUCGCUGGCCCGCGCGGCGCGUACAGCAAAGAGGGCAAGCUCCGCACACCGAUCCACAUCCGCCGCUCCAACUUCCGCCUGCCGACGUCGCCCAAAAUCCCCGUCAUUAUGAUCGGCCCGGGCACGGGGGUCGCGCCGUUCCGCUCCUUUGUCCAGGAGCGCGUCGCGAGCGCCGACAAGGCGCGCGAGAAGAAUGGCGAUGACGCGCUCGCCGACUGGGGCAACAUCUGGCUCUUCUAUGGCUGCAGGCGCUCCGACGAGGACUUCAUCUAUCGCGACGAGUGGCCCCAGUACGCCGCCAAGCUCGGCGGCAAGUUCCAGAUGGAGACGUCGCUGUCCCGCGAGAAGUUCAAGUCAGACGGGUCCAAGCUGUACGUGCAGGACCUGCUCUGGGAGCGCAGGAAGCAAAUCGCUGAGGAUAUCCUGCAGCGCAAGGCGUACAUCUACAUUUGCGGAGAGGCAAAGGGCAUGGCGCAGGACGUCGAAGCAGUCCUGCAGAAGAUUCUCAACGACGCUAAGGGAAGCGACGCAGAGGGGCAAAAAGAGUACAGGCUGCUCAAGGAACGGUCGCGCUUGCUGCUGGACGUAUGGUCCUAGUAGCCUGCCACAUAUCAGCGCUGAUUAAACUGCACAGUACACAACAGAGGCUAUUUCAACGUAUUUUGAUGCUCUGCUAUUGUGACAGAUGGACGUUUGGCACAUCCGAAUCGUCGGCUGCCUCCGUUGUUGUUCCUUCGCUUUGCCCGUGCUGUUCCUUGUACCUGAUG